UCUACAAACUUGAUAGCAGCAUAUAAUGCCAACUGACUCAAACGCCAAGGCUCUUCAGUUUAUUGAAGACAUGACGCGAAAUGUAGACGGCGUACAGGAACACGUACUCGCCCAAAUUCUCUCCCAAAAUUCGGAAACUGAAUAUCUCAAGGGUUUCCAUCUCGCCGGCGCCACCGAUAGGGAGACCUUCAAAUCCAAAAUCCCGAUGGUUACCUACGAAGAUAUCCAGCCGUUGAUUCAGAGAAUCGCUAAUGGAGACCGCUCUCCGAUUUUAUCAGCUCGUCCCAUCUCGGAAUUCCUUACCAGUUCUGGAACUUCAGCUGGUGAAAGAAAGCUGAUGCCAACUAUCAGUGAAGAAUGGGAUCGCCGGCGGAUUCUAUACAGUCUUCUGAUGCCUGUUAUGGACCAAUACGUGAAAGGGCUGGACAAAGGCAAAGGGCUCUACUUCUACUUCAUAAAAUCCGAGACAAAGACACCAAGCGGGCUACUAGCCCGACCCGUACUCACAAGCUAUUACAAAAGCGACAUCUUCAAGAACCGACCCUACGACCCUUUUACCGUCUACACCAGCCCUAAUGAAGCCAUCCUCUGCGAGGAUUCCUCCCAAAGCAUGUAUGCCCAAAUGCUCUGCGGCCUCUACGAACGCCAAACAGUCUUCCGGGUCGGGGCCGUCUUCGCCUCCGGCCUCACUCGCUCCAUCCGCUUCCUCCAGCUCAACUGGAAGCAACUGGCCCACGACAUCCGAACCGGCUCUCUCAACCCUAAAUUCACCGACAGCUCCCUCCGUGACUGCAUGGCCAGUAUCUUGCGCCCCGACCCGGAACUCGCCGAUUUCAUCACACGUGAGUGUGAAAAAGACAGCUGGGAGGGAAUUAUCAAAAGGAUUUGGCCCAACACGAAAUACCUCGAUGUGAUCGUCACCGGAGCGAUGGCCCAGUACAUCCCCACGCUGGAUUAUUACAGCGGCGGAUUGCCCAAGGCAUGCACAAUGUACGCCUCGUCCGAGUGCUACUUCGGCCUUAAUCUGAAGCCCAUGUGCGAUCCAUCGGAGGUCUCCUACACCAUCAUGCCAAACAUGGCCUAUUUCGAGUUUUUGUCCCACACCAACUCAGACGGCAGCAAGGGCGAGGGCGAGCUAGUGGAUCUGGCCGAUGUUGAGGUUGGGAAGGAAUACGAGCUGUUGGUGACGACCUACGCGGGGCUGUGCCGGUACAGGGUGGGCGACAUCCUCCGUGUGACGGGUUUUUACAACUCGGCGCCGCAGUUCCGGUUCGUGCGGAGGAAGAACGUGCUGCUGAGCAUCGAGUCCGACAAGACCGACGAGUCGGAGCUUCAGGCGGCGGUGGAGAAGGCCUCCAAGCUUCUGAGCACGAGAGUGGUGGAAUACACGAGCUACGCGGAGACGAAGAAGGUGCCAGGGCACUACGUUAUAUACUGGGAGCUGAUGGGAGAGUCAUUGCCGGGGGAAGGGGUGAUGGAGCGGUGCUGCCUGGCGAUGGAGGAGGAGUUCAACUCGGUGUACAGGCAGGGGCGGGCGGCGGAUGGGUCGAUUGGGCCGUUGGAGAUUCGGUUGGUGAGGAGUGGCACAUUUGAGGAGUUGAUGGACUAUGCUUUAUCCAAGGGGGCUUCCAUUAAUCAGUAUAAAGUGCCAAGAUGCGUUACCUCUGCGCCCAUCGUUGAGCUUCUUGACUCGAGGGUUGUUUCCACCCAUUUCAGCCCUGCGCCGCCGUGCUGGAGCCCCGAGAGCCGUUUCUGAUGAAUUGUUCCAAAUGAUUGAGAAUAAGAGCCAGGAGCUCCAUUUAUUUCAUGUGUGCUGUUUCAGUUUUAAGCCUUUGUGUUUGUUUACUUGUACUUGAACAUUGUUUAAUCCUUU